AUGCCCUUCGAAGUGAAUGAAAGCUUUGCCACAUACAAUAAAAACGGUGAAAAACGAUUCUACGUUAAUUACCCAAAGUGCCAAAUACCAUACGUAGAGCCCUAUAAUUCUGAGUUCCUGAAAGUCUACAAGCCAAAAGGCUUUACACCUUGCUCCAAUCAAAGUGACCUUAUUACGGUGCAAUUCGAUAAAGUGUUCAAUCAAUAUGUGCUUCAUAUUAAUGAGGAAGUGCUUCAUAAGCUGUCCCAGUCGAGAAGUAAUGACUUUUCUUGCUUUUACCAGAAAAUUAUCUACGGUCAAUCACCGGAUCGCUACGAUAAAAAAGGGGAGAAAACUAAACUCACUCAGGACUAUUUGUUACCAUUGGAUGUCGAAGGAAUGUUGGUGGACUGCAGGACAGCGGACAAUAAGAGACUCUUGCAAAAAGAUGCUUUUGUUUUUAUACAAUACCAGAAAAUUUUUCAAAACUUAAAGCCAGAUCGAAAGGCCAGUGUCAUCAUGUACGGCAUAGAUACUGUUUCACGCACAAAUCUUCGUAGGAUGAUGCCCAUGAUAUACGAGUUCCUUAAAUCCCCAGGCUGGUACGAAAUGAUGGGCUACAACAAGGUGGCUGAUAAUUCCUUCCCCAACAUAUUCGCUAUGCUAACUGGUCUUUCCCCUGAGUCGGCAGCAACUCAAGUUUGCAAUACAAGUCAAGAAGGAUGUUUGGAUAGUAUACCCUUUAUAUGGAAGGACAUGAAAGAAAGUGGAUACUUGACCGCCUAUGCUGAGGAUUCGCUGACUAUAAAUACCUUUAAUUACUUGAAACCAGGCUUUUCCAGUAAGCCGACCGAUUUCUACUUUCGUCCCUUUUUGAAUGCCCUAGAACAAGAAACUGUGAUCCAAUAUUGUCCGGGCUGUCGGAUGAAAUACUGCCUGGGUCGUCGUCUGGCCAAUAGCUAUAUCUUUGACUACUGCCGACAGUUUAUGCAGCGAUUCGUCGCCGAUCGUCCCAUUUGGGGUAUGUUUUGGUCGAAUCACUUCAGUCACGACGACUUCUUCAUGCUUUCCGCCAUGCAGCACAAGAUAUUAAAUGAUCUGCUGAAUUUUGAGAAAGACGGGGCUUUCGAGCACACGAUAAUGAUAUUCUUUUCGGAUCAUGGAGCUCGUUUUGGUCCUAUGAUGCACAUGAAGGAGUCAUUUCUGGAGGAACGGCUACCCAUGAUGUUUAUUUACUUACCUCCCUGGUUCCGGAAGAAAUAUCCCCAAUAUGUGGAGGCUCUAUCUUUAAAUCAACAUCGUCUGAGUUCGAACUACGACGUCUACAACACAUUGAAGCACGUCCUACAAAUUGGAAAUAAAGUAGAAGCUACAAAAUGGUCCCACGACUGCCCCCAAUGUCAAUCGCUCUUCUAUCCACUUCCCGAGAAUCGCAGUUGUUCUGAGGCUGCCAUAGCGGAGGCGUACUGUACCUGCCACAAUUACGAGGAAGUCAAGGAGGAGCCGUGGACCUGGCGAAUGGCCGAUCUGGUGGUGGAUCGCAUAAACAAGUACCUCAAGCUUAACAAUCUACAGGAUCUUUGCAGUGAUCUUACUUUGAAGAUAGUAAACUCCACCGAAGAAAGAAUGCUUGAGGUCGACGAGGACGUAAACCGGGCGAAGGGAAUGCGUCAUUAUCACACCAAAUUCCAGGUUCAUCAGAAUAUGGCAGAAUUCUUUGCUACACCUCUUUACAACAAAGAAACGGAAGAACUCGAGAUCAAUGUUGAACUCAUCGGGCGACAUAAUAAGUAUGGCUCCGAUGCUGAGUGUCUAGAUAAUAAGAUCCAAAAGUUGUAUUGCAUAUGCCUAUCAAAGAUAUGGACAAACGAAUAG